CGUAAAGCUAUAUCUUUCACACAGUUACCGACACGCCUUCAAACAACCUCGUUCACGAUCAGGAAUUACUCCUUAAGAUCUAAAGAAAUACGUACCUAAUUUCCAAAUAUUGUAAGUUCCGGAGUCCGGACAGGGCUCGGUAGGAUGGAGUUCUCGGACUUGGCUAUCCUUGAAUCCAUUCGGCAGUAUCUCCUCGGCGAUUCGGAGACCACUGGGAUUAGUUUUUACUCGACAGCGAUGGGUUUAGAUUAUGAUGCAAACACGGUUUCUAGGAGCGCGGGUUUUACCGGCGUUUAUCUUGACCAGAGUAAUAGGGGUGGUGCAUUUCCGUCGAAAGUGGAAGACGCCGGGAACGAGGUUUUUUCCGACGCCGUUAACUUUGGACGGGUUUUAUCUGAUGAGGUUGAUCGCGUAAAGGAAGCAACGGUGAAAUCAGAGCAACCGGAGACGAGAGAAGUGGCAGUGGCGGCAGCGCCUGUUCAUUACAGGGGAGUGAGGAGGAGGCCGUGGGGGAAGUACGCGGCGGAGAUAAGGGAUCCGAAGAAGAACGGCGCCAGGGUGUGGCUCGGAACUUACGAAACACCGGAGGAUGCCGGGCUGGCUUAUGACAGAGCGGCUUUCGAGAUGCGCGGCUCCAAGGCUAAGCUCAAUUUCCCCCACUUGCUCGGCUCGAAUGAAGCCCAACCCAUUAGACUGACUCCCAAACGCCGCUCGCCUGCACCGUCAUCCCCCUCAUCGGAUAGAGGGUCUCCGCAGCCGAAGAGGAGAAAGAUCAGUGGCGGCUCAGCGGGUGCAAUAGAGAUUUCAUGCGAGCCUAUUGACCCUCGGUGCUCUGUGCCCUUUAGAUCACUUGAAUAAUGACAUCUACUUUAGCCAUAAAGAGAUUACGUAUAAAUAAAUUUAUAAAUUGAUGUAACUUUAUGUAUUAUAUCGAAUUAUAAAAUUACAUUUAUUACAAAGUAGAUCUAAUAGAUUCUAUGAAAUCACAUCAGUUUGUAGAUAUGUUUUGUACAAUCUCUUUACAUCUAU